AUGGAAUCAUGCGACGAGGGGUCACAACAACUGCCCCCGCCUCAGGCCGUCCUCCACCAGACUGAGGUUCUUUUUUUCUGGAAUUGUCAUCUUCUUGACCAUUUUCAUGUGAAGUCUGGGUACUCAGACGCUAUGGAUUUUCGAUUUUAUUGAUUUUUUUCGAUAUUUUUUUCAAAGCUGGAUAUUUUUUGAGGGGUUGAGUUGAGGUAUUUUUAGGCUUGAUGUCUACACAUUUAUUAAUAGAUUUCUGAUUUUUAACUAUUUGUUGCCGAUUUUUUAACUUUUCAUCAUUUGUUAUAGAGCUGAAUCCUUUUUAGACUCGAUUUUUCGGUUUUGAAAAAUAUUUCUGAUUUUAUUGAUUUUUUUCAAAAGUUUCAUUGUGAAAAAAACUCUCGAAAGUUAAUUCUUUUUAUCAUUUUUCUAUAAAGAUGAUUCAUUUUCAGCUUGAUUUUUUGUUUUAAAUCUUAUCGUUGACGUUUUUAGAAUAAAUAGAACCGCAAUACCUAAAAUGUGUUUUCAUAGUCCGUGUCUAUUGAAAAAAAUCACAUAUACAAGUUGAAAAUUUUUGUCUCAAAAGUUCACUCGAUUAGAUCCUAGACUUUUAGCCGAAGAAUCGAGUUUAAAAUAAUUCAGCUUUUACAGCAAAUGAUAAAAAUUUAAAUAUCGGCAACAAAAUUUUUAAAAAUCAGAAAUAUAUUAGUAAAAGUGUAGACAUCAAGCCUAAAAUAACUCAACUCACUAGAGAGUUUUUCGGGCAGAUUUAUAGAAUAUUUAUAAAUGAUCAAAAAUGUAGAAAAUUACAUCAAAAAGAUGUUUGCAGCCGACCCGAGAAGAUCGGCGCGACGAUGUCGCCGCCGAACACCUGGACCUCGACGACGGAGCAGACUGCCGAGGAAGAAGACGGCGAAUCCCGACUUCUCUUCACCUCGACCUUCACCUUGCCCCAAGGAAGGGUCCUGUCCACGACCCUCUACACCGAUUUAUUGCCUCUGGAGGUGGGUUUUUGAGUUAUAUACUUUAAAAAACGGUUUGAAGCCAGGUGAUAAUAUGGUCUUUAGAAAUAUUUUUUACAGUAUGACAUCUACAAAAAUCCAUAAAAAUCGAGCGGCAAAAAAAUUUCGCAAGUUUGCUCUAUUGAGAUGUGUAGCACUAUUUUUCAGGUACGAAAUUGACCUUUUUGUCUUUUUUUCUAGCUUGAUUUUGAAUAAAAAUAGAUCUUCAAACUUGAUUCUAUCAUGGUUUUUUUAACUUGCCACAUGAGUUGAUUUUUGAACGACUAAAAAGGUGUUUUUAUAUGGGCUUUUAUAUAUUUCAAAAUAUUUCGUAAUUAGAGUGUUUUUCAGAAAUAUAAUUUUAGAACAUUACAUCUUAAAAAAAUCCAAAAAAAUUGAGUGGCAGAAAAAAAUCUCGCAAGUUUGCUCUACUGAGAAAAAUUGUGUAACACUAUUAUCAUGUGCAAAAUUGACCUUCUUGCCAUAUUUUUUAGCUCGAUUUUUGAAUAAAAAAAUAGAAAAUAGAUCUUCAAAACUUGAUUCUAUCAUGAUUUUUUUAAAUUGCCACACGUGAUAAAAUUUUUAUUUUUGAAAAAUUAAAAAUGGUGUUUUUCAGGUCAAAUGGACUUUUUAAUCUAACUAUAAAACAUAAUUUUCCACCUGCUACAGGUGUAUUGUGUCAUUUCCUAACCGAAUUUGUGUAGAAUGGAAUUUAAAUCAACUUUUAUGAAAUGCUGACUUUUUUCACCCCAAAUGGACUUUCAACCAACGUUUUUUCCAUCAAAAUCAUGAUGAUUCUCGAACUGAUAACCUCUCUUAUCAGCCAACAAGUGCAGCAUUUCAGUACCUGGCGGUGGGUGGCUGCUUCAUGGAGCAACUCGAGGCCCGUGGAAGGUCUUUCAUUCUGUCCGCCUCGGCCACCUCUUCCAAACAGCGCAUUUUCGCCCGGAUCAUCAUGUUAGUUUCAGAAAUUUUCUUCUUCUUCUGGCCUUUGGCGCCGGCACCUCAAGUCGAUUAGAAAAUUUUUAUCCUAAUAUCAGGGAUCAUCCGGGAAAUUUUGUAGUGGCCACUAUAAGGUUUGACGUUUUAGUGGCCACUAUAGUAGUCAAGUUAGUGGCCACUUAAAGGGUUAAAAAUUAGUGGCCACUAUAGAGGUCCAAGUGCUACUACUAGACCACUAAGUGGCCACUUUAGGGGCCAAUGGAUCAACAUAACUGGUCCAAUCUGCUUGUUUUAAAUUUAUCAGAGUUACUGGAACGAAUACUGGAUGAAAAACUACUGAAAUGGUCACUAAAACGGAAAGUAGCGGCCACUAUAGAGGUGGGUUUAGUGGCCACUUUAGUGUCCUAUCCAAGUAGUCCUUGGCGAGCCUCUAUAGUGGCCAUUAAAAUUUUUCGCAGUAUGCCCUUUUUUCCGACGAUUUUGAAUUCCUGGUUUCCCCACUACCAAUAUUUUUGAAACCCCUUGGUUGGUUCACAGUGGGGAUCGAACCAAGGACCCUUUGGACCGUAGCCAGGCACACAACCUGUUGCGCUGCGGCGUCUUUUCAGUUUUUCGUAGAGUGUUAGAUUUGUUUAGUUUCAAAAAGAGAAAUCUAGGAAAAUUCUACACAGAUCAUGUGCUUCUUGAUUUAUUAUUAGGAGGUUUUGAAGGUGUAAUUUGGUUUUUAUGGGUUUUUUCGCGUUCAGAAUCAGGUAGAAAAAAAUGGAGAAUUAAGGUUUUUAGCAGGUAAAUCAUUUAUAUUUGAAGAAAAUUUGUGACUUUAAAGUUUUUUUCCUUGAAUUUUUUUCGAUAGAAAAUAUCUUUUUGAUGGUCAAGAAAAAUUUUCGUUUUACAAAUUUAUCAUCUUAUAGUUUUCAGAUAAAAAUCAACGAUUUCAGAGCUUUUUCUGUGGAUUUUGAAUAUAUUCCUUUGAUACUAGGCUGUCUCAGUGUUGCUCAUGUUAUGAGAUUUGCUUCUCAAUUUCAAAAAAAUGAUAAAAUUUUAAAGUUUUUCAAUGUUUUUCAUAGAAAAUCCAUUUCUUUUUAAGCAAAAAUCAACUUUUUUUCUCCUAAAUAUAAGUUUCGAAAAUGAAAAAAUCUGUAAACAUGAGCAAUAAGAAACUUUUUUUCUUUCAUUUCAAAAACUUUAAAAAAAGGUUUCAUUGGGUGGUCAGUGGUAAAAUCGAUAGAAAAUUGUUCAAAAAAAGGCUCUAGAAAUUUUUUUCUGAAAACGGAGGCUAAAAACGGAAAAAGAUUUUUGCACUUUGAAAUGUUGCGCCGCCGAGCGGCAGACAAGUGUGCGGUUAAGUGGUGAGGCGUGUCGUCGUAAGUGGGUUAAAUUUAGAAGGGAUUGAAAGAAGCGGUACGAGGUCGUGAGCGGAGAACCGCCGCGAGUCGGACGCACACACGACCACCGUGGGAACUUUCACACGAGUAGGCUGAGAGAGUUCGGCGCUGCGAGAGAGCUGCCGAGGGGGGCUGACGGUUGAUGUGAGAGAGCGUGGAGUGACCGCUAGACGCAGGCGACGAGACGGUUGGAGAGAAAGGGGGGCUUCUCGUCAUGGGAAAGUGCAGGGAAAUUGACGAUUUUUAAGGGGCUAGUUAAGGGAUUUUAAUUUUCAAUGUAGCUCAAUGAGUUUGAGGUAAAGCUUGAGACUUCUCGAGAGGUCACUUAAGAGGUCUAAAUAUUACAUAAAUGCGUAGGUUUUCUAGUGACCCCUUAAGGAAAUUGUAGUCGAAAUUAAGGCCUUUGAUGUAUUUUUGAGGCUUGAUUUUUAGUUUUUUUAAGGACUAUAUGGUGAAAAUGAGUCUCUGGAACACCUAAAGGAGCUAGAAGAGUUUCUGAGGGGCCAUUUAAGGGAUAUAGUAAGAAAGGAAAAUUUGAUUCCGAAUCGAUGCCAGAAACCUGAUAAUUUAUGUUUCUAGAAGUCAUUGGACUGAAUUGAAAUUUCUUGAAGUAUUUUUUUUUAAUUCAAGUAGUCACUUAAGGGAUCCAGAACAUUUCUAGAGGUCAUUGAAGUGAAUUGAGAUUCCUUGAGAUUUUUUUUUUAAUCACAAGUAGUCACUUGAGGGAUCCAGAACAUUUCUAGAGGUCAUUGAAGUGAUCUAAGACUUUUUAAGGGUUUUUUCAAGCUCAAGGAGCCACUUAAGGGGUCCAGAAGUUUUCCAGUGAUCGUUGAAGUGAUUUGAAUUUUUUCGAGGGUUUUUUUUUCAAAUUGAAGAAGUCACUUAAGGAAUCAAACACUGUAAGUCUUCAAUAAGCGUUAGAAGCGAUGCAGGGAUUUUUUUUAAUUAAAAAAUCAAAUUUUGGAUUUUUCUCAACGACCUGUUACCAGGCAGUGGACUUGUAUUCCUGUUUUUUGAGCGUUUCAUCUUUUUUUCAUCAGGAAUUUUUUCUGGCGAUUUCUGAAAGAGAACUUUUGAUUUUCUUUUUUUUUGCCCGGAAGAUAACAAUCAACCGCCCGGUCCCCAUUUUUUUUCUUCCAUCAAGCAAAAAAAAAGUCAGGCGUAUCAAAGAGAAAAAAAAAGUGUUGAUGAACUAAUCGGGAAGGUCACUUCUAUCAGUUACUUUGUGCGGCGGCGGCGGCACCACCACGAGGGCCGUUCCAAUUUAUCGGCCGACACGGUCUGGCACCGCCGUCGGCCUUCCGAAAAUGCAACGCUUUUUAUGGCCUGACUCUUCUCGAAACGAUUUCCCGUGGAAGAAGAAAAAAAAAACGUUUGUUGCAUUUUUGAUUGCGACAAACAAAUGAUAACGUUGCUGUAGUGGGAAAGUUUGGUUCUUCCCAGUUCUUGGGACCAGCAAACGAUACUUGGGCUGCUACAGGCAGUGCGAAAAGUCCCAAGCUUGAAAAAGUUUUGGAUUCUUCACAAUUAUUGGGAUCUUCAAGUGAUAACACUGCUGAUACAGGCAGUACAAAAAGUCCCAAGCUUAAGAAAUUUUUGGAUUCUUCCCAAUUGUUGGGACCAGCAAAUGAUACUUGUGCUGCUACAGGCAGUACGAAAAGUCCCAAGCUUGGAAAAAAAAAAAUUGAUUUCUCGUUUCUCAAACAUGCAAAUGAUAGCGUUGCUUUUACAGGAAUUACAAAAAGUCCCAAGUUUGAAAAAAGUUUUUGGGUUCUUCGCAAUUAUUGGGAUCAGCAAAUGAUACUUGCGCUGCAACAGGCAGUGCGAAAAGUCCCAAGCUUGAAAAAAGUUUUUGGAUUCAUCCCAAUUGUUGGGACCAGCAAAUGAUACUUGCGCUGCAACAGGCAGUGCGAAAAGUCCCAAGCUUGAAAAAAACUUUGGCUUUUUCUCCCCUCCCCCUUAAAUCUAGAAAAAAAACUUCGACCUAAUCAUACUUUCCAGUAGAUCAUACCGCUCUGAAUAUCUUAUAGUUUCUGAAUUUUGAUACUCAGAAGUUUUUGAAUCUCUCUAGUAGCUCCUUGAAGAUUUAAGACUGCCCAAGCGACCUCAACUUGCCUCUCUAAUAGCAACAUAUCCAAGACAAAGACCUCGUCCAAAAUGUUCCUCAAAAAGCCAAGCCGGACCUCAAAGCCGUCGCCGAACACGCUCGAAUUCACGGACGGAUCUCAUUUAUCUCAUCCGCACGACGGCCUAUCUGGGGCGGCCAAGGCGGACGACGUCGACGCGGAAGCAGCCGCCGACUGGUACCCAACCGACUGGUCUUUAUGCAGAUUUUGGCGCCCGUCAAGUGGAGAAAGUGCAUCAGAAACGGCUUCCAGUAGGGAUUUUUAUUGGGUCGGAGUGGGUUAGGAGAGGUCGGGGGACUUCUGGAGAGAGUGAAGUUUGGUUUUGGAUUUUAUAUGGAUUGGAAAAAGAGCAGGGCUUCUGAAAAUUAUGAGUACGAAGCAGUGGUUUUACAAGAGAAGGGGGGAGGGGGGACUUCUGGAGGGAGGCGGCAGAAGAAAAUUUUUCGGUUUUAUGGGAUUCUUACGGUUUAAAGAAUGGGAGAGACUUUUUGAGCAGAUUUUUGAGCCAGAAUAGCUUCCAGUAGGGAUUUUUUUGGAUUGAACUGGACAGGGGAAUUCUGGAGGGAGGUGGCAGAAGAGAAUUUUUCUUCAGUUUUAUGGGAUUCUUAUGGUUCAGAGAGGAUGAGAAGACUUUUUGGAGCACAUUUUUGAGCCAGAAUGGAUUCCAGUAAGGAUUUUUUAGAUUUAACUGGACAGUGGGGGGAUUCUGGAGAGGGGGCAGAAGAGAAUUUUCUUCAGUUUUAUGGGAUUCUUAUGGUUCAGAGAGGGUGGGAAAGACUUUUGUAGCAGAUUUUGAGCCAGAAUGGCUUCCAGUAAGGAUUUUUUAGAUUUAACUGGAUUUGGUAGCGCUGGAGGGGCUUAUGGAGAACUUCAGACGGAUUUCUUGGGAAAAAAUUGACGUUUUGAGAAUAAAGCAUAAUUGUUAAAGAUCACCGAUCGAUUAAUGAGGGCGCUGUUGGAUUUUAGGUAGUUUUGUAAUUUUUCAAAGCUUUGCAGUGGUCAUCAGAAGCUUCCAAUAUUUUAGUCGGUUUUUUUGGUCAUUUUCGAAACGUUUUGGGUCAAUUCUAUAGCUGAUUCACGGCUGGCUUGAACUAUCGAAAAAUGGGUCCUGACACGAUGAAAAACGAGAUAGUGCCUGGUUGAUGGAGAGCGCAGACGGACCACGCCCCCUUAGCGUCCCAAGCUAGCCGUGAAUCGACUCUUGAUGAACUAUUCGGAUAGGAAAAGACAGGUUGAGAAAUUUGGGGACGUUUCAGUACUUCUGAAGGUAUUUUUGAAAAUGAUCAUGAGGUUUUAUAAUAUCGGCCAAUGAUAAUGAGACGUUAUGGUUAUUUUCAGAAAAUUGAAAAAUUCCAAUCCAGUGGUUUCAAAGUUAAUUUUCAAGGCAAAAUUCAACUUUCACAAAAUGUUUCUUACAGGCCGGACGGAUCGGCUCGUGCCUGCGAGCUCCUUUGCGAGCUGGAGCCAAGUCGGGGCAAAGUGACGGCUCUGGCCCUGAGGUCGGCCUUCGGCCCCUCGGUCCCCUUCCACACCUUCACCUUCACCACCAAGCACUCGUCCAGCUGCGCCCUCACUCAUAUUGACUAUGCGUAAGUAUCUACCGUAACCCUUCUACAGUAUCAUCUACAGCUCGAUACCGUACCUCGGCCGCCUCCCAACUGAUCUCAUCGGCAAAUCUCUUCUGUCUUUCGUCUACUCGCCUGACGUCCACGUCGUCCGACAGGCUCAUAUUGAUCGUGAGCUUCAUUUUUUGGAUUUCUGGACUUUUUUAAAAAAUGGGAAGAGGUUUUCAAUAGAGUUUAGGUUCAUGGAAAUUCACCUUUUAGAUCAGAAAAUUCGAUACUUUUUCACUUAGGGUUAUAAAAAAGCUUCAAAGCUUCAGAAAAUCGAAAAAUCAGUUUGUCAAUUUUUGAAAAAUUGCAAUCUUUUUUUUCUAAUUUUUUAACGUGCUCGAUCUUCCAAAAAUUCAACCCGGAACGAUAUUGCUCAAUAUUGCUCAGACUAUAGAAAAAAAUGUCUUCAAUCUAAAAACACCUGGGGAUGGCUCUCAUUGCCUAGAAAUUCGAAAAAAAGUGCAACCGACUUGAAAACGGUUUACGCGUCGCCUUUUGCAACGCGACCGCGACGCGUUGAGCCAUUCUACGUGCGACCAAGGGUUUUUUUCAAAAAUUUGCUUGAAGAAGAAUUUUUGACUCCUUACAAGUUUAGAGAAAGAGUGUGCGAAAAGGAAGAGAUUCAGACAGAUAUUUAGGGUUUUUUUUUUCACCAAGCUCACAAUGAAUGGACUAUACAAAGAUUGAAGAUUUUUCAAUCUAAUUUUUUGAAAUUUAAAAAUCCAUAACUUCCGACGAAAAAUAGAAAUCCUAAGUUUUCCCUUCUUUUCUCAAAACAUGUUCUGUGUCGAAAAAUACGGUAUCAUACGGUACCAUCUUGAAGUCCUGAUACACAUCUUUGAGUGGCUGUCUCGAGACAAUAAGCCAUUAAAAAUGGCGUUUUGACGCGGCGCCUCUCGACGACGGAACAAUGGCGGGUGUCUGUCGGGAAUCCGUUCCGCAGAACAGAUUUUAUAUUUAUACGUGUGUGACCAUCCAGUCUUCGUUGGAGAAAAAUCGCCUUUCCAAGUGUGAAAUGUUUUGAUUUUGGAAGGAGAUAGGGAGGGGGUUUGAGAGUCAUGCCAUCGAAAAAUGAAGUUUUUGGAAUGGAGAGAGUUUUUUUCAAGGAGCUUACAAUGAGUAGGAGAAAUUGAAAGAAGAGUUUUUGUAGAAUCGGUUAAAACGGAAAAAAGGAAAUUUUGAACAGUGAAUAAGCCUAAAAUUUUUUUUAACCAAGAAAUCUUCAAAUCCGAAGAUUUUUCCGGAUUUGAGUCAAAAUCUUACUGUGAGCUUCUAAAGUGACCACUUAACCUUAACCUUCUAGGGAGCGCUACUGGGAAAAUGUUUAGUGGCCACUAGAGAGGCUCGCCAAGAACUAAUUAGAGAGGACACUAAAGUGGCCACUAAAUCCACCUCUAUAGUGGCCACUAUUUUUUCCGUUUUAGUGGCCACUAUAGAGAUUAUCCAUUAAGCAGCCACUUCAGUAGUUUUUCAUCCAGUGUUCCUCCCAGUAACUCUGAUAAUUUUAAAACAAACAUAUUGGACCAGUUAUGUUGAUCCAUUGACCCCUUUAAGUGGCCACUUAGUGGUCUAGUAGUAGCACUUAGACCUCUAUAGUGGCCACUAAUUUUUAACCCCUUAAGUGGCCUUUAAUUUGAAUAGUAUAGCGGCCACUAAAACGUCGAAACCCUAUAGUGGCCACUAGUUUUUAACCCCUUGAGUGUCCAUUAAUUUUACUACUAUAGUAGCCACUAAAACGUCAAAACCCUAUAGUGGCCACUGAUUUUUUAACCCCUCAAGUGGUCACUAAUUUGACUAUUAUAGUGGCCACUAAAACGUCGAAACCCUAUAGUGGCCACUAAAAAUUUUCCCAGUCUAAGGGCUGUUUUCCAUACCCCUUUAGGGACCACUCUUCAUAUCUUUCUAGCCAUCCUUAUACAACGAUUUCCAGUCCACAACGCCCGAGGGAAGGUGGUGAAAAGCGUGGCCGAACUGCGGCUGGUGGCCCACAACGGAGCCGUCCUCCGAUCCCAAACCGAAUGGAGCGGCUACGUCAACCCCUGGACCAAGAAGAUUGAGCUCGUCGUGGCGAGACAUCGCAUCUGUAGUGUUCCCAUUGGAGGUGAGAUUUUUUGUAGGGAACCUUUUUUUGGUUUUAUGUAGUAUUUACAUUAUUCGGGAGUACAUAGGGUGGAAAAAAGCUCCUUUUUAGCGGAAAAUUAGGUCAGGGAGGUACAGUAAGUUCAGGAAAGUUUUGAAGCUUGGAAAAAUUCAAGUUAGAGUUCAUUCCAUCUCUGAGCUUUCUCAAAAAUCCAGAAAGUUACAUGGAUGUAAGAUAUUUUAAAAUAUCUUACCAGGGAAUGGUCUCAAGCUCACAGUGGGACUGCUGAAUGAGACCAUUUUGAUUCAAAAUCCGGUCUCAGAAGCCUGUGAGAAAAGUUAUGGACCCUCAAAAAUCGAAAAUUUCAUAGCCAUUUUUAGGAGGGUAUAUAGUUCUUGGUCAGUAAAAAUCAACCUUCCAUCUGUUUUCUUUAAUAUUUCAACGUUGGCUUAACCAUCCUUGUUUGAAUUUGGAAAAUUGGAUAUAUGAUCUCACUUCUAACGAUUCGAAAUAGUUAUAACUUCCUGAAUAAUCUGAAAAAACUGUCAGAUUGAGGUUUUUGAAAAUUAUUGGAUUUUUUUCAGCUUGAAGGAAUUAUUUUAAAAGGAAAGAGAAUUUGAAAAUUUGUUAUAGUCGAAAUUUAGAGACCUGUAUCUUUUUUAUUUUCAAAUUUUAUCCGCUCAACUUCAAGGCUGGAUAGAAUGAUUAUUUUCCAGACGCCGACGUUUUGGCGGGGCCGACGAACACGACGAACGUGCUGCCGACCGUCAUGGCCAAGGCGUUCGAGGACGAGCUGAGGAUCAUCAUGAAUAAGGUAUAUAUUUUCGGGCUUUCACUGUUUUCUAUGCAUUUUUUGUUAAGAUCAGGUUAACUGGACUAUAUGUAAUUAGGUGUAGAGAUUUCAGGUUUAAAGAUGGUCUUUUUUAGGAUUUUUUUAUGUAUUUGUUCCCUGAAACUCAAUUUUAAGUGCAGAAGUCAAUUUCGAACUAAUCAGAGCUUAACAUUGAAUUUAAUUUUUCAAUUUUCUUGGCUUUCUUGAACUCAGUUUCAAGGCAGAAAUGAAAUUUUUGCAGAGAAAAAAUUUUCAAAUGGAAAAAAAGUAGACAUUUUUUUCUAAAUUAUGGAUAUUUUUAGCUUUUUAUUUCCCUAUGCUCCUUAUCCUUCAUAAAAUAGGUCAAUAUUAAUAUUUUUCGGCCUAAUUUUUGAAAUUUAGUUCACAUUUCGGCAUUAUAUAUAGACGCCUGUUUUUUUCUGUAUUGCUCAUGUUAUAGGAGGUUUUCGAUUAUGCUGUUUAAAGAAACAAUUUUUGAAGACAAAUCUCACAUUUUUAAUUUUAAAAAGUUGAAUUUUUUCAAAAAUAUAGAUAUUUUAGCUUUUUUUUUAUUUCCCUAUGCUUGUUUUUCUUCAUAAAAUGAGUCAAUAUUGAUAUUUUUGGUUUAAUUUUGAAGUUCAGCCCGUUUUUCGAACACAAAAUUGUCAUUCAAGCUUCUCUGAAACCAAAAAUAUGAGAAAAUCGACAAUUUUAUUGAUUUUUCAAUCACUUUUUCUCGCUAGAACUUUCGAAAUUUCCCCUUUAGAGCUUGAUUUUUAAGCGAAAAAGCUAUCAAAAUAUUUUUCGCAAUACCAAAAUCAUCAUUGAUAAGAUCAGCUGCUCCGUUUUUUUGUUCUUACCUUGAAAAAGACUGGUCCUACUCGUCAAUCACUUUUUCCUGUGCCUGGCACCAAGAAGACCCCCAAAAUUCCCCUGAACAGUUGUUUAUCGAUACGGCGGAUUGGCUCUUAUCAAAGACUGAUUGGUUAUCAAAGGGAACGUCUCGGUCGUCUUCUUGAUCUUGUCGCUGUUGUUGUUGUUGUUCCUGGCGCCGUGCCAGGCUCUUCGGAACGGGAAAAGUUGGGAUGUUUGUCCAUGGAGCAAAGCUUGAUUGAUGGCCUGGUACUGGUUGUUUUGGCGAUUUGUUUAUUUUUUGGAAGGAAGGUGUUUUUUCAUUAUGGAUUGACUAGAUUGGUAGGAAGCUUCAGAUGAAAUUCCAGGCUUGAUUUUAAAUUUUUUGAGGAAAAAUUAGGGUUUUUGGCCAUGGGGCGAGGAUGGCCUGGAAAUGAUUUUUUGGCGAUUUAUUUAUUUUUUUUGGUUUUCUUAAAGGAAAGUGUAUUUUCAUUACUGGAUUGACAAAAAUGAUAGAAAGCUUCAGAUGAAACUCCAGGCUUGAUCUUGAAUUUUUUGAGGAAAAUUCAGAUUUUUGGCCAUGGGGCGAGGAUGGCCUGAAACUGACUUUUUUGGCGAUUUUUUUGUUUUUGGAAUUUAUAAAGGGAAGUGUAUUUUUUUAUUAUUAGAUUGACUUGACUAAUACAAAGCUUCAGAUAAAGUUCCAAGCUUGAAUUUUAAAUUUUUUGAGGAAAAGUUCAAAUUUUUGUCAAUGGGGCAAGGAUGGCCUGGAACUGCUUUUUGCGAAAUUCUGAUAAUUUCAAGUUUUUUGAAAGCUUGAUUUUAGGGAAUCUCACGAAUGAUUGCGUUUCAUUGCUCAUGUUAGUUAAAGUUUUUCUCAUGAACUUAAGUGGAACCCCUUUUUGAAAGUGAAAAUGGACAUAAAAUCGAAAAUUUUUUGGUAAUAUGAGCAAUACCCUGGGAAGAGGAUUUGAAGUUGAAGUAACUUUUUCCAUUUCAACUCAUCAUUUUGUCCUAGUUCCUAUCUUUGGCUCUACAAAAAUAUUUCAUAGACGUUUUCAAAACGUCAUCUUGUGAAAUUCCUCCUAGUCGACUAUAGUUUCGACUACAAAAGGUCCAUGUUUUCGUCCUCGAAAUCAUCUUUGACCACUCAACUUCAGGAAGGAAAAAAGUACGAGUGAACUUAUUAUGUUGCGAGAUAAGAGAAUGUCACGACGACGUACGCAACGGAGCAUCGUACCAGGCGUUCGUUGGAGCAAAUUAGAGUCGGGAGGAGGAGAAAAAAAAGUGCAAGUGACUUGUUGGUUUUUGGCGUGUUUCCUUUGGAAAUUUGACACCUUCGGGGGACUUUUCUCAUUUUGGGUGAUUGAGAAAAAAUUACCGGAUUUAUUAAAAAAGGAAAUUUUCGCUUAAGGUACUGAAGAUAGAGAAAAUAAAAAAUCAAAAAUUUUUUUUUCUAAACUGAUUUCUCUUCUUAGUUCUGAAAAGCUCACUAAACUGAUUUUAUUUUUUUGAUUUUUUUAAAUUAAUAGGGUCACGAAGAAAUAAUUCUGAGAAGUUUUUUUGCGCAGUAUUGCUCAUGUUAUAGAAAAUUUUAUUGCUCAUGUUAUAGAAAAAAAAAUUUUGGUAGUAAGUUUUCAUGUUAAUCAUGUAAAUGGCGUUGUUAAUAAGAAAAAUAACUCGACUUUUUUUCACUUUUUUUCGAGAAAAAUUUUUUUGUUGCUCAUCUUACGAGAGCAAAAAGCUGAAGUUUUAAAUUGCUCACAUGGCGUCGGCAUUGCUCAUGUUACACGGCGAUAGUAUAUGAUGCAGAUUUAAACUCGGAUCACGUUGAUCAGCCAAGUUUUGGUUCGGGGAGAUCAAAAAAGAAGAGAAAAUGAUCGAACUCCUUUUUGCAACACCCUCUCUCUCCUUCACACGCGAGUUUUAUUGCUCAUGUUACAGCCAUGAGAAGCUAAAAAAUAUCUGCUUUAAUCUGUAUUCUUUCCUAGCUGAAUUUUGGUUCUGAGAGACCAAAAAGUAGAAAGAAACAUUUGAAAAAGAACGGGAGGAGUUCAGUUUUGCUACACCCUUUUUUUCACACGCGAGCUUUAUUGCUCAUGUUACAGCAACGAGAAGCUGAAAAUAUCUGCUUCGAUCUGUAUCCUGUCCUAGCUGGAUUUUGGUUCUGAGAAAGCAGAAAGAAACAUUUGAAAAAGAACAGGAGGAGUUCAAUUCUGCAACAUCCUCGCUCUCACACACGCGAUUGAGCGCACACACAAAGGGCAACGUCGGUGCGAGGCGUACGUCCCGAGAGAAGCGAACACGGCGGUAGUCGGGCGAAAGUGCAAAGACAGACACGGACGUCGCCCCCGCGACUGGUGCCGCCAGCCGGUGACCGCGACGACGUCGGUGCUGCCGGUGCUGGAAGGUCGAGGUCGUUCUGAGAUGACUAGGAUGAGCAAUAAGGAUGGUCAGAGGAGAAGACCGCAAGAUUGGAAUGAACCAAGGUUCAGCUCUGAUGUCUUGGAUCGUUCUAAGCUUUGAAAUAUUUUUAAGCUAUCCAUUAAUUAAACCAAGACGUCGCUGCUACCGGUGCUGAAAGGUCGAGGUCGCUGUGAUAUGACUAACAUGAGCAAUAAGGGUGAUUCGAAGAGAAGACUACAGUGGAAUGGACCAAGGUCCAGCCCUGAAGUCUUGGAUCGUUCUGAAUUGUUAAAAAUCUGAAGCUAUCUGUUAGGUAGGUGACGACGUCGGGGCUAGAAAGUCGAGGUCGCUCUGAGAUGACUAACAUGAGCAAUAAGGGUGGUUCGAAGAGAAGACUGGCAUAGUGGAAUGAACCAAGGUUCAGCUCUGAAGUCUUGGAUCAUUCCAAACCUCCAAGAAAUUUAAAGGCAUCUGUUAGUUAGAUGACGACAUGGGUGCUGCCGGUUCUGAAAGGUCCAGGUCCUUUUAAAAGGAGCAAUAAGGAUGAGAUGACUUUCUUGAGUUAGUGGGAGACUUGCUGGCUUUUUUAUUGAGACCGAUUCUGGAUUGACCUGAGAUUUAUGAGCUCUGAGAAGACUUUAUCGAACCCAGACUGAGAUUCCAGAGCUCUUACUGAGUAGCUCUGAAAUUCUGAAAUGGAACAAGAAGUGUGGAUCGUAGGAAUUUUUUUUUCUCAACCCUGUUAAAGCUUGGAUGACUCUUAUCGUGAGCCAUACCGACUUUGCGAGGCUCUACAGAGUCUCAUAAGAAUCGGGAUGAUGAGAAGACUCUCUGCAGUUUUCCGAAGUCUUGAUGGUUUCUAUCGGAGGAUACUAGGUCUUCUAGAUGACUCUGGAAUGGCAGGACUUGGUGAAUCAAUCCUCAAAUCAGCUUGAAUGGACCUUGCCAUGAAAUUUUAGAUCAUCCAAAUUUCCGAAGACUUCAAAACUGUCCGUUGGGUUGACGACGACGCUAAUGCUGAGAUUGUUUAA